AUGUCCGUAGCUAUCGUUCCUCACUACACUGUUGUCAGUUCAAAAAGAAGACAUGAAGAUGAACCAAUAGAAGUCCUGGGAAAGAUGAUUAAACUGGAAGUUGAUGAGUUUGAAGUGAUUCCUGAGCCCGACUUUGAUGAACUCAUGGGAAUUAAUUUGAGCCAUGAUGCCGCUGUUUGUGAAGAAGAUGGAAAUGAAGAAGGCGUGCAGGUUGAUCCAUUGGUACGUGUUUUACAUUUUUUUAAUUUGGCUGUUUCUAAAAUAUUUUUGAUGACGUGUUACAUAGAAGCAAUUUUUGAACCUUCUCAAGUAUUACACUUUGUUUUGAUAAAAAAAUGAUGACAUUUUUUGACCAAUUUUUAAAGAUUCUCCUUGGUGUUUUAAAGAUUUUUGUUUUUUUUCAGCUCCUUGUUGAACAUUGCGAAACACACCAGCAUUACUGCUAUUGCUACGAGGAUGGGGAAUACGAUGUCACAAGUACAGUCAAAGAAGUAAAUGAAGAAGACGGAGAAAUCGAUAUGACGAAGUAG